AUAAUCAACCCCAUCUCCCAGUUGCUCCAUCAACCCCAUCUCCUUGCUGCUCUUUCAACAAAAAACAAAACAAAAAGUGAUUGAAUCAAAAGUUGGGAAAUGAAUGAAAGCAUAUUAAAAGAAAAGAUGAAGAAGAAGAAUAAAUUAAAGUGAUGAGUACUAACUCAACGAAGGGAAAGAAGAAGUUGGACAUCCAUAAAAAACCAACCAUACAAAGAUCUCUAGUGUCUGAAAAGGUUCUAUUGUCACUUACUAGAGAUUGCAAAUGGUUGCACUCGAUGAUAGCAUCCCGAUCUAGUGAUGAUCCCAUUGUUAUUACACUAGAUGCUUCUAUGUUCCAUUAUGAAUCUGAUGAUAGUCAUGCACUUCUUACUAUUGAGGAUAUCAGUCAGUUUCUGUCUGGUGCAAUGAUUAACAUUUCCAUUAUUCAAGUAUUUGUAAUAGAAAUGCAAGAUUAUCUACAGGGUCUGGAUACAUUUGCACAGAUUGGAUGGAUGUGUCCUGAAUCAAUUUCUUCAACAGCAUGUGAAAAUAACCCUGAAGAUGUGAAAGUUUACAUAAAUCGAGCAAUCACUGAAUGCCAGAAUGCCGACAUAGAUAUUCUUGUUGCUCCUUAUUAUGAAAGUCAUCACUGGGUGUUGCUUGUGAUUUGGAUCUCACGUGGCAUGAUCUUUAUGUAUGAUUCUCUUCGAACUAGCCCGAUGCGUCAUUUAUUAAUCAUGUCAUUGUUCAGCAGUGUUUUUCGAAAUAUUUGUGCCCAUGGAAGUGAAAAGGUGAAAAAGAUCAUUUGGAAACAGAUGAAGUGCGCAAAACAAACGGGCGGCUUGGAGUGUGGAUAUUAUAUGAUGAGAUUCAUUUAUGAUCUGAGUAGAAGUAUCAAUGAAGGUCAAGAUUUAGAGCAGGUGUACAAAAGCACCUUACGAGAUGAGGCGCUUUCAAUGACAGAAAUUGAUGAAAUUCGUGAUAGAUGGGCGAUAUAUGUUUGUGACAAUUUGUUGUAAACUCUAUAUUAGAUCGAAAAUGUAUUAACGAUAUAACUUUUAGUUAACUUUUUUUUGUUAUGUGAUAUUUGGAUUGAUUUGGAUUGAUAUUUGGAUUGAUAUUUGGAUUGAUAUUUUGAUU